GACUGGUCAGUUUUCCAGAGACACGUUUGAGUGAGAGAGUCUAGACCGUGUGUGUGAACCUGGGAUCAGAAGAGAGGAGCUGUAAGAACAGGGCGGUGUGUGUUCUCGUCCCUGCUGGUCGGGGUACGAGUAUAGGGAGCUGGCCUCCCCAAAUAAAUGCUUCUGAAUCUCAUUUUGCCAGUUAAAUAAAUGCAGAUGGAAGAGGACCACGGAAGCCCCUCCGCGCAUGUGAUGGAGGUGAAGAAAGGCUACAUUAAGGAGUUCACCCGCCACUCCAACGACGUGCUGCUGAACUUAAACGAGCUGCGGCAUCGCGACAUCCUCACCGACGCCACGCUGCUCGUGGGGUCCGCCACGCUGCGCGCGCACUGCGCCGUGCUCAUCGCAUGCAGUGGAUUCUUCUACACUCUGUUCUCUCGUCGAGCGGCCGGUGCCUGCGGUGAGCGGGUGUUCUCUCUUGCCCUGCCGGAGGGCCUGGACUCAGGCAGCGUGUCUCUGCUGCUGGACUUCAUGUACACCUCCUGCCUCCCUCUCACGCCCCGCACAGUCUCUGGAGUGCUCGCCGCUGCCUCCUACCUGCAGAUGGAGCACGUCGCAGAAACCUGCCGAGCAUUUAUCCAGCACAGUGAAAGGAUCACUGUAAGUCCCUCUUUGAUGGAGCCAGCCUCCAGAGCGCCUCUCGGUGGAAGAUCCCCGCCUGCUCAUCCCACCAUCUUCUCCUCCCCCUCCAGGCCCGAUGCUGAGGCAGAAGAUCCCAUCCCAGACCGAGCCAGGAUUCCAGGUGAGAGCUUUGCCUCGCUGGAUCCAGGAACUGGCCUGAUUGCUAUCCCCAAGUCUCAGACCCUAAAAUUAGAGGAAUCGUCCCCUCCACCCCCCUCCACACCAUCCCCAGACAGUCCUUCCCAAUCCAGCGGGCAGCCCAACUCUCCUGCUGAGUCCAGCGGCUGCAGUCUCUCUCCUCAACUAAAGAAAAGAUCAGAAUCUAAACCUACUCCUGACCCAAAGGCCUGCAACUGGAAGAAGUACAAGUAUAUUGUCCUCAACCCUUUGUGCGCCACACCUAUAAAGGAGGAGGGGCCUGGAGAGGAGCGACAAGCACAAAGCCACGCCCCUUUAGUCAGUGAUAGGAUGGAAGAUCCUAAAACAGCAAAUAACAUUUGGACAGGGGAGGAGCCUGGAAUGAAUUAUAGGAAAACUUUGCAUCUUCCGUACAAUAUGUCACAGCAAAAAUAUCCCCAUCAUGUCUUGGACCGCCAUUUGCAACCCCUGACCCUUUCGAUCAGUGAGGAUAAAAGUCUCUUUAGUCCUUACGUUUGCACCCAAAUAGCCAAUCAGAAUCCUUUAUUGGGCCGACAUCCAAUCAAGUUUGAGAACCUCCCUGCACAGCUCAGUUGCAUUGGAAAUCAAGGAACAAACACAAAACCUUCCUGCUCAGGAGACAAGCCUUACCGCUGUAAUGUGUGCGGGGCGCAGUUCAACCGGCCUGCGAAUUUAAAGACUCAUUCCCGCAUCCACUCGGGAGAAAAGCCCUACCGCUGCGACACAUGCGGCGCCAGAUUUGUCCAGGUCGCUCACCUGCGCGCUCACGUUCUGAUCCACACCGGAGAAAAGCCGUACCCGUGUAACACCUGUGGAACACGUUUCCGACACCUGCAGACGCUGAAGAGCCACCUGCGCAUCCACACCGGAGAGAAGCCGUACAGCUGUGAGAAAUGUCACCUGCACUUCCGUCAUAAGAGCCAGCUGAGGCUCCAUCUGAGACAGAAGCACGGCGCGAUCACCAACACCAAGAUCCGCUACAAGGUUCUGACCGACCCGUACCAACCUGGACCCACCCUGCUGCAAGCUGGCUGAGGGACACGGUCAACAUCGCAGGCACCGUGGCUGUAUGCUGAAGAUCCAAACGUUUAGGAUGGAUCCAUCCAACAGUAUUGUAAAGAGUUUAAAGAGGUGGAGUGCUGCAUUCGAGGACAGCUUGGCUCAAAUAUACCAAUGAAUGCAGUCUUCCAAGAAUGCAGCACUCCUGCACUAGAUGUGCUGACUGUUACCUUUAUUAUUUGUUGAAAUGUUAUUAUUUAUUUUGCUUUGCAUACUUUCUCUUCCUCAUGCUAUUUAAUCAUAUUGUAUGCUGUUGCAACAAGUUUUUAGUUGUCAUAUGGGCAGGGGAAAUGGUGGAUAUCAUUGUCAAAAAGUAAGUAGCCCUGUUCAGGUUGUAGGCUAAUUCUCAGGGGGAAACACUAAAUGAAUUGUGUAUAGAGUGCCAAAGUGAUGAUGUCACUUUGUAGGACAACUCGGAAGCUAGCGGUGCAUGGGUUCCCUCGAUCGAAAAGCUAUGCAUUUUCCCCAUAGACUUUUGGAAAAUCGCAAAAAAUUAAGUCUGUGUUCAACAAGUAGUUGUGACCCCACACAUUUUGUUAAUCAAGAUAAUCUUUACAA